ACAAGAACCCCGAUCUUGGCUUUGGCGUCACGAGCAAGAUAUGGGAUUAUGCCUUCGGCACGCGACUCGACAUCUGAUUGCCGCGCGACCAGCCGUCUGUGACGCUUGUACUCCUGAUGUCCAUAGAUACCCUAGCAAGCCAUUUGUACACCUCUAAUCUGCAUCCUUCGCAUCUCCCCUGGCCAUGUCGCGUUCGCGUCCUUGCUCUGGAGACUUUGACCGAGCCGCCAAGGCCGUAUGGCUGCCUUGCCGCCUGGCCUGGGGCCAGACAAUGCGACGAUUGAUGCACUGCUCAAGGCGCAUCGGUCCAUCCUCACUACAAUGGAUCAGAUUGCGACACUUCAGUUGCAACUCCAAUGGGGUGUCGAACAAGAUCUCAUCAUGCCGUGGCAGGAGAUGAUGACGACGUACAGUAGCAUCAUCUCCUCGGCUCAUUCGAUCUCGCAGCGACUUGUGAUGCCCCCUCCGCCGUUGCCCACAGCUCCCGCCAAUGCAUACGAGCGAAAACAGCAGCAAGACAAGCAUAUAGUAGCAAGCAAACGAUCUCUGGGAAGAGUGGUCGUCCAUCCUGCCAUUGCCCUAGAGCAAGACAACGAGUGGAUCUCUGGACUGCUUACGCGCACCAAGCUCGACUUGGCUCAUGAAGCCAGGGAGACGGCACAUCUGCACCGGCUUGGGCUCGUGCCGGACGCAAGAGAGAUCGCACCGGAUGACCUGUCGCGGAUCCAGUCCUUGCAAGCCUCGCACGACAGCCUCGCCCUGUGGGCCUCUGAGCUCAUCAACGGAAGAGCAGAGUAUCGUGAUGCACUAGACGAAGAGACGAUACAUGCAGCCUUGCCUGGACUCAAAGAUCGCGACGCAGACGAUGGCGAAGAGUAUGACUGGAAGUUGCGCGUCUCGCUGGAUGCAGAAGCAGAUGAAGCAGAUGCAGAUAGCGAUAUACAUACACCAAAGACGACAGAUGAGGAGGAGGAUGUGCAGAUGAUCGAUGCUGCAGAUGGCAAGGCUAUUGCCCGCGGACCGCCACCAAGCAUUGGCGAAUGGGCAGUUUUCAUGUCGACUGGUCGCUUGCCCGACAGCCUGACAGCCAGCUGAUCUUACGUGUGCCAUCUCCAAGCCAGACGAUCAACAGCCUGGCUUGCUCGUGCUCGGAAGAUCAGCGUCGUUUCACUCGACUUGAUGAUGCCCGCCCUUGCAGAAGCCUACCGUUUCGAGCAGACUGCAGCUAAAGGCUCAGUACACUGCCGGGGUCACACAAAACAUCGCAUGCUAGCAAGAGUCAGGCCUAGUGGUUCACACAGAUGCAAUGCAUUGAGAUGGUCAUGCUAGGGUCGUUAGUGUCCUUUUCAUCUUGUUCUAGCUGGUGCUCGUUGUGUUGGGCGCUGAAGUCCAGUAGACGAGGUUGUCGAUGAUGAUAGUCAAGGAAGCGUCUGUCGUCUUGAACGCAACGUGCUCCAGUCCU